AUGGCGACAGGGCCAGCCGUGUUCCUGCUCGCGGCACCUGUUUCCGUGCCAACGGUCAUGAGCAGGGACAGCAGUUCCUCCAAAAAUGGGGACUUGACCUCUAUCAACCCUUUGCUGAGUUCACUCUUCCACUCUGGACAAACUCAAGGAAAACUCAAACCUUCUCUGACACUCCACCCCAAAUGGACCCAGAUAUUCAGUGGAGAGACAGUGACACUCACCUGUGAAAUUCCUGGAGGAGAAAUAUCUUAUGUGUACUGGCGUAAUGAUCAAGAGAGUCCAAAGCCUGUUGUGAUCCUGCAGCCUGAUAAACAGACAUUCAGUGGAGAGACUGUUACUCUCAGAUGUGAAAUACAGGGAGAGAGAGACACUGACUGGAAAUACAGCUGGUAUAAGAAGAGUUCUUCACUCAGUCCUGUCAGUAAAGAUCAGGAAUACAGAAUCAGUCCUGUUUCUGAGUCCCACAGUGGUGAAUACACCUGUAGAGGAAAACACAGAAGAGGCUCACAUAACUCAGAGAUGAGUGAGGCUGUAAUACUGACUGUCUCAUCAGCUCUGUCUCCUCCAGCCUCUCUGAUCAUCAGUCCCAACACAACUCAACACUUUACAUCUGAUUCUCUCUCACUGAGCUGUGAGGUACAGAGUAACUCUACUGGAUGGACAGUGAGACGAUACACAGAUAAUGGAGAGGUGUCAGACUGUUCAUCAGACUGGGGAUCAAUAACAGGAUCUACAUGUAGCAUCAGCUCCCUCCAGUCAUCAGACAGUGGAGCGUACUGGUGUCAGUCUGACUCUGGAGGGAACAGUAAUCCUCUCAACAUUACAGUGACCAAUGGUGAUGUGAUCCUGGAGAGUCCUAUCCAUCCUGUUACUGAGGGAGAUACUUUGAUUCUGCGUUGUAGAUAUCGAUAUGACUCCUCAGAACUCAGAGCUGAUUUCUAUAAAGAUGACUUAGUCCUCCAGAAUCAGACUACAGGAGAGAUGACCAUCCCUAAUGUCUCAAAGUCAGAUGAGGGUCUCUAUUGGUGUAAACACCCAGAGAGAGGAGAGUCACCAAAGAGCUGGAUC